CUCCUGUCAAAACCAUAAAGAAUAUAUAAAGCAAAAUCAAAACAUUCAUUAAGUAGUUUUACAAUAUUUUUCUUUUGACUACCAAAAGAGUUCAGAAUGCGAGGAAACAGUUGAUCCAUCAAAUCAGUCUCCACAGAUCGAUCGCAUUCUGUUCUUCGUUGGAGUGAGUGGCUAUUGGAAAAACAAGCUAAAUGAGCACUUUUAAAAUGAAUAUAGGGGAUAUUCCCCCUGAUCAAUUGACAGACUCGGGAAAAAAUUACUCCGAGGACAAAAAGGAAGAUCUCUAUCACACCUCAGCCUUCCGAAAGGAGUACCGUAAGGAAGAACCGGAACUGACCUUUGCUGAAAAGUGUAAAAAGUCGGCCAAGAAAUUUGUCAGUUGUUCCAACAAGAAAAAAUGUGUAGAAAAAGUCUUGCCUUUUUUGAGAAUUUACAGAAAGUACAAAAUAAAAACAGACUUACCCAAUGACGUCAUUGCUGGAUUCACAGUUGGAAUUAUGCAACUUCCGCAAGGAAUGGCCUACGCCAUGUUAGCAGAUAUGCCCCCUGUCGUAGGACUGUACAUGGCUUUCUUUCCCGUUCUGAUUUACUUUUUCUUUGGCACAUCUCGACAUAUAUCAAUGGGAACAGUAGCAGUGGUCAGUUUGAUGACUGGUUCAGUGGUAUCAAAUAUUUCGCCACUGAACUCAAAGUCUGUUACACCGACCAGUUUUUAUCCCAAUAAUACAUACCUCAACGACACGGAGGGGAACAACUCCAUCAGCCUGACCCCCAUUGUCCCCACCAUCGGCUCUUCCGACCAGGACGACUUCAUAAUGCAAAAACUAGCUCUCGCCUCAUCCAUGUGCUUUCUUGUCGGGGUUGUUCAGGUUAUAUUCGGAGUCUGUAGGCUUGGACUCGUGACCACCUACAUGUCCGACCCUCUAGUCAGUGGGUUCACCACGGGGGCUGCAGUUCAUGUUUUUACUAGCCAGGUCAAGUACGUGUUCGGAUUGAAAAUCCCAAGAUUCCCCAAUCUGUUCCAAAUCAUUUACACAUACAAAGCAAUCUUUGAAAACAUAGCUAAGACCAACUACGUGACAGUCAUCAUUUCCGCUAUAUGUAUGGUGAUACUGUACAUCGUCAAGGUUCAAAUUAAUCACAGAUUUAAGCACAAGCUUAAGAUUCCCAUUCCAAUUGAACUGUUUGUGGUUGUAGCUGGUACUCUCUUGUCGUAUUUCUUUAACUUCCACACAGAAUACAAUGUUAAAAUUGUUGGAAAAAUUCCGGCAGGGUUACCAGAACCAAAAGUUCCCAAUUUGAAGAAUGCCUUUGAGUAUAUCAGUGACGCUAUUAUCAUCGCUAUUGUUGCCUUUGCUCAGUCAGUGUCUUUAGCUGCCUUGAUGGCAAAGAAACACAAUUACCCUAUGGACUCGAACCAGGAGCUGAUCGCAUAUGGUGCCGGAAAUAUUUUUGGUUCUUUCUUUUCUUGUUAUCCAUUUGCAGCCUCUGUAUCUAGGUCAUCUGUGCAAGACUCCGCUGGUGGGAGAACCCAGCUCACAAGUGUGUUCUCAGCCUCCUUGGUACUGGUUGUGAUUCUUUUAAUUGGUCCUUUAUUUGAAUCUCUCCCUAAUUGCGUUCUUUCUUCGAUCAUCAUGGUGGCAUUAAGAAGCAUGUUUCUUCAGAUUUUUGAGUUGAAGCAGCUCUGGAAAGUUUCCAAAUAUGAUUGUGUGAUAUGGGUGGUAACGUUUCUAGCAGUUGUUAUUUUAUACGUUGACCUCGGACUAUGGGUUGGACUUAUCUUUUCCUUUCUGACCGUUGUUGUCAGAACCCAAUGUGCCAAAGCAGUUUCUUUGCAGAAGAUUCCCGAUGUUGAAAUGUUUGCAGAUGAGAAGAAAUACAUAAAGACGCAGUCUCAGUAUGGAAUAAAGGUGAUUGGCUUUAACUCACCUCUGUACUAUGCAAACGGUGAUAUGUUCGUGAAACAGGUUUUCCAGAUCGUUGGUCUGAAGCCGGAGAGAGCUAGAAAGCAGAUCAAACGUUUGGGUUCUAUAUUGGAGUUCCGCAGAGUGAGUCAGAUGACCUUAGUCUGUGGUUCAUACAGCCAUGUUGACCCCAACCCACCUUUAACCCCAACUCAAAGUCUUGGUGAUCAUCCAAGUGUAUCCAUGACAAUAAGCAACGGCUCAUCUAAUGAGCUGAGUCAUAACAAUAGCACAUCUGACCUUCAGAGCAACGGAGGUAGUUUAAGGUCACGAACAGGAAGUAUAAAAGGUGGACACGGAAACCUUGGAUACGUGCACCACGUUAUCAUUGACUGUUCCAGUAUGUGCUUCAUUGACUCCGUGGGCAGCAAAGUUCUAAAACAGGUCAUUGAGGAGUAUAAAACAGUGGGUACAAUCGUUUUUCUUGCAGCUGUAAGAGAUGAGGUGUGGCGAGUGCUGGAAGCCACGGGAUUUACCGAGAAAUACGAUUCACAGAUCUACCUUUCUGUUCAUGACGCGGUAGUGGCAGCAACCCUUGAAGGCGAGGGAGAAUACGCAGAUGGGUCAACCAAACAAAGGAUGUGUACUAUUAUAGAAGAGGUCGACUCUCAAGUCAAUGACCAUUUAAUGGCGGAAUUUUAUUAGUAUAGAAUUCGAUCCAUAUCUAGUAACAACGACACACUGAAGCAGGGACAGAGAAGAGAGUGUUAUUGUUUGAGUAUUAUCAUCCAUAAUUCCACAUUUCAGACUGACGAUUUGUUAUGUUACACCUCAGAUUUAUUUGUCAGAUCUUGUUUGCGUCAGAGGUUUUACAUUUACAUUAUAAAGACCUUUUUAGGUGAUUUACAUGCUUCCAUUUGAGCAUGUGUCAUGCACAUGUCAAAAAAGACGUGUAAAUCCAAAUGUGUGGUAUUAUUUGUAUAUUUUUUCAUAAAAAGUGCGUUAUUAAAUAACUUGUAUAUAAAUGUGCUUUCUAAGUACAAUUUUGUAGACAGUUAUAUUGUUAUCUUGCAU